AUGAAGGCUGGAGUCGCUGCCCUCGCAGCCGGGAUCCUCGGCGGCACCGGCGUGUUGCUCUUUCUCAUCGCUUUCGGGACCGAUUACUGGCUUCUAGCUACGGAGACCUGCGGUGUCUUCGAGCCUGGGAAUAGCACUCUGCAGACCGGGGAGGCCGAAACACGAACAGAGGUCAGGAAGGAGAUCCUCACGUUCCAUCAUGAGGGCUUCUUCUGGCGGUGCUGGUUCUUCGGUGAGGGCCACCCAGAGACCAUCUGGACCUUCUGGUACACCAGCCAAGCACACCCCAAGUUCUGCAUGCAUGGCUACCUCUUUCCCAUGCCCAUUGCUCUCGGACCUUUCCCCCAUCCUUCCUACGACACAACCGCAGUGUACAGAGGCUUCUGGACGGCGUUCAUCAUGCUGGCCGUCGCUGCCGGGCUGGUGGGAGGGCUGCUGCUGGUGUGCGGCGUGCCCUUCGUCAGCCCCCGGUCCUACAAAGUGGGAGGCGGAUUCCUCCUCGCCUCGGACGCCUUUCAUUCGCCGUGCUUCCAAGAGGAGAAACCUGACCGCCCGCCAGCUACCCUAACCAACGCGGCGCUGGGCCGGCGGCCUCUCCGAGGGGCCUUUCCAAGGGCCGGAGCCAGCCCCCUUGACUUCCUCUGCCGGGCGACUCGGGAGAGGCAGCCGGGGCCCGUCUGGCACCUGCUGCCGC